CAAGUCGACUCGGUUUUACUCCGUGUUUGGUUGGACAGACUUCCGAAAAUUGUCUCUAAUCUAAUUUGCAAUUAAUCUAAUUUUAAAUUCCUGUUCGAAAAUCUGUAUAGUUGUUUUGUUUAAGUGGAAUGUAAGCAAGUGUUGCAUGUGUUUAGGCUCCUUUUAAAACAAAAUAGAAUAAUGAACAGAUAAAAAACAGCUGGGAUAAUCUGCAUAAAUUUGCAAGAUUUUAAUGGUCCAAUUUUUCAAAAAAUUUAUGUACAAUUUGUAAAUUCUGAAAAUCUUCAUUCGAUAAUGUCGUCGAAGUUGAGAAGUGUUUUAUGCUUCUGCAUAUUGCUAGUUUCCCCUGUUAUUCAUGGCCGGAAGCACCACCUAAAACUUGAGAAUGAUGAACGAAGACUGAUUCAUAUCACGACGUUUGGGUUUCUCAAAGGAGGAUCACUGGAAGUAAAUUUGAGACAAUUUUCCAUAAAACCGGUCAUCAUGAAAGAAUACCCUAUUGGAUUCACGGUGGACAGAACGCUGAAUAAUGGAAUAAAUCCAUACUCUCAAAAUAUGGACUCCACUUGUUCUGAUUUUGAUACUUCGAACGAAUCUGUAGCCAAUAUUCGAUUUCAAAUGGAUCUUAAGGGAAAUGCGACUAAAGUUGUCUGUAGUUCGGAACUGCAGUCCCAUGUAAAAGUGUGCAAGACUAGUGCAUGCGUUCCUAAAAGACCUGCUGUAAUUCGUGCCGAGAUGGAAAUACCAAAUGUGAUGACCCAAAAACAAAAAAGGAGCGUCAACGAUGAUAAUGCCAAUGUUCCAAGUACUGAAGUACAAUCAGCCUCGGCUGCUCCAGCCGUGGCAUCAUCUUCGUCAUCCCCAAAAGUACAAAACGGUCAAGACUCGCAAUCGAGUUCACAAGCAAAAGAUGCUGACAUUCCUGAAACAGGAGCCGGUAUUUUGACCGAGGGGCAAGGAAACAGUUGUAAUAACCGUCGUUUACCAUUGAACGUUACCAUAAUGCCGGACGGGACUUUAUCAUAUUCUUUCAAUUUUGUUGUGUACAUUGCUGCUGAGGACUGUGAAGGACUUUAUAGUUUGUACUUUCACAACUGCGCCCCCGAUGAUCGUGAUAGUCGAGUUACUUUGGACAUGAAAAUAAUAGAGUCGAACCAGGAUGAUUCAUUGCUGGGACAAAAUUAUCUAUCUGCCGGAGAAACCCCGUUACCUGCAUUAUAUCUCAUGAUGUCGAUAUUAUUUUUCAUUGCCGGAUGCUUCUGGGUUUUAAUUUUGAGGAAAAGCAGUCGGGAAGUCGGUGUAACCGUGUACAAAUUGCAUUAUUUGAUGGGAUCUUUGGUUUUUGUUAAGAGUUUAUCUUUACUGUUUCAUUCCAUAAAUUACCAUUAUAUCCAAAAUAAUGGAUUUCACGCUGAAGGAUGGGCUGUACUUUACUAUAUUACGCAUCUGUUGAAAGGGGCCUUGUUGUUCCUAACAAUAUUACUGAUUGGAACCGGCUACGCGUUUGUAAAGCAUUUGCUCUCAGACAAAGAGAAGAAGGUUUUCAUGAUUGUCAUACCUCUUCAGGUAUUAGCAAACGUCGCCCAAAUUAUCAUUGAGGAAUCCGAAGAGGGCGAAGUUGUCCACACCACUUGGAAAGUCAUCUUUAUAUCCGUGGAUUUAUUGUGUUGUGGUGCUAUAUUAUUCCCGGUCGUGUGGUCAAUUCGUCAUUUACAAGAAGCAUCCCAAACGGAUGGCAAAGCUCAAGCGAGCUUAAAAAAGCUGAAAUUGUUUCGUCAUUUUUACAUAAUGAUUGUCGCGUAUAUAUACUUUACUAGAAUCAUUGUUCAGAUGUUGUUGCGGAUAACUGUCCCGUUUCAAUAUGAAUGGGUGGAUGACAUGUUUCUAGAAAUGACAACGUUCAUUUUCUUUGUAAUUACGGGCUACAAGUUUAGACCAACCAGGAAUAAUCCUUACUUGGAGCUGGUAGAUUCAGACGAUGAUUGCGAAAUGGAUACAGCGUUGACGGAAUCAGGUUUAACUGCUGGUUUGAGUAAGCGAGGUUUCAAACCGAAAAAGAAAACGUUAAAGGAAAUUGUGCUAUUCGACCCAAACGAAGAUGGCAGUGAUGAUGACGAUGAAGAAGUUUUGUUAGAAAAACGGGAAGCGAGCCAUGAUUUUGACUGAAGAAUUUUUUUCCUGCAAAAAUUAACGCACUAUAGAUUAAUGAACUUCUAAAUCGUAUAUGUACCUAUAGUAUACUAACAUUUUUUAAGUUUAUUUAAUUUUCGGUAAAAUAUUUAUUCAAUUAAUGAUUUGUUUCGUCAACAGUAGUUAGAAAACAAGGUAAUCAGAUAUUUGAUCUAAAAAUAAAUAGAAUAGAAUUGCGUGCAUAUAAAAAUGUACUCAUCACUAUUUAGUCUGUACCUGAUGUAAGUUAUUUUGGCUCUCAAUUUAUAUGCAUAUCCUUGUCCGGUAAUUUUUUAUAGUAAAAAUAAAUAAAAAUAUGCCUGUUGACAAACAGUAAAAAAAA